CAACGUUUAAUUUCUCCGCCCCUAAUUUAAUCAAAUAAUUAAACUGACAGUAAUAUUAUCACCUUAUGCACUUUACUUGUAAUUCGUUACCCCAACACUGCAGGCCAGUGCCGAUCAAGAUGGCAAAUAGAGGCGCGACAACCACCGCUAUAUAAUGAGGCAUCUCAGUGACAUAACUCCGAAUCUUUUGACUGAACGAUACAGUACGACUGAUCUCAGAUGUGAUAUGGCAGCUUACACAAUAGGUGAAAAAACUUCACAAUAUGAUGCGCUGCAGAGUGCAAAAGCCGCCUAUGAUGGGCUUUCUGCUGAUUCAAGCCGUUGCUAUGGUUCUUCUUGUCGGUUGGUACAACCGUCUACCAUCCCAAAACACAAGCCAAGCUGAGGGCAGGGUGCAAGUUCUCCUGUUGUCAUCUUGGAGAUCUGGUUCCUCUUUCCUGGGCCAGGCGUUCAGUCAGCAUCCAGACGUCUUCUAUUUAAUGGAGCCAGGCUGGCACGUCUGGACGUCUAUAAAGAAAGCCGGUGCGCGUAGCUUGCGGAUGGCAGUGCGUGAUGUCUUGCGCAGCAUCUUUCAUUGCGACAUGUCUGUAAUGGAUUCUUACAUGCCACAGGAGCGAAACGUCUCGAACCUCUUUAUGUGGAGCCACAGUCGCGCACUCUGCUCUCCCCCGGCGUGUCCUUUUACACCUCGCGGUGAAAUGAGCAACGAACCAGAAUGCAAGAAGCACUGCAACACGCGUGGAUUGAAAUUAGCAGAGACGGCGUGUCGGACUUACAGCCACGUUGUGUUAAAAGAGGUGCGCUUCUAUGAGUUGGAGUCUCUUUAUCCGCUCCUGCGGGACCCCGAACUUGACCUGCGGAUCAUCCAUCUGGUUCGUGACCCCCGAGCUGUGUUUCGAUCGAGGGAGCAGUCGUCCAAAGCCCUGGCAAGUGAUACGGCCAUAGUGCUAGAGCACGCCAACGUCUUGGAACAAGACCAGCAGUACAACGUCAUGCAAGAGGUUUGCCGAAGUCACGUGCAAAUUUAUGAGACGGCCAUGUUCAAGCCGCCAGAUUUCUUGCGGGGUCGCUACAAAAUGGUGCGUUUUGAAGAUCUGGUACGUGACACGCUUGCGGAGAUCGAGUCCAUUUACCAGUUCGUCGGACUCCAGGAGACCGAAAUGUUGGAGGAAUGGAUCUACCGCAUCACUCACGGUAAAGGCAAAGGAGCAAAAAGUGACGCCUUCAAAAUCACUUCGCGAAACGCGGAGGAUGUCUCCUUGGCUUGGCGGACCACCUUACCGUUUGAGAAAGUCCAGCGCAUCCAAGAGGUGUGCAAAAGAGCCAUGUCCAUGCUCGGAUAUAACGCCGUGGAUAGUGAGACAGAGCAAAAAAUGCUGGAUUUGGACCUGUUGAAGCCACAGAAAGGCUACCAGUUUGAUUGGCUGCCCUCUAAAACCACAACCACUAAUGUAUAGAGCCGCACGAGUGAUUGAUAUUAAAUGUUUGAAGUUUGUGUUCAUCAGUUUGGUUCUUACGCUUCAGUGUAAAAACUUCACAACAAAAUCGACUUUAGAGUGGGGGUACAUCUGUUAAAAAAGACAAUAGACCUGAAGCUACUGAAGCUAGUUUUCUAUUUGUUUUAUUUUGGAAGAAAUUAUAGUGAAUUUAUCAACUUUUUAAUAUGUUUUUGUUUACAAAGUCAUUUUGCUGUUAUUGUGUGUGCUUGUCAAAAAUGUUUUUGUUUCUCUUUUUCUUUCAUGAUAAAACACAACUGAACUACAUUUCCCAUCCUACAACAAAUGUCACUCCAACUGUAUUUACCACAAACUGCGACAGCAUUAAGAUGAAUGUUAGCGUCCUUAUGUGUCUACACUACUGUCAAAAAUUCUAAAUCCCUUAACAAUUUCUCACAAUCUUUAAGACCUGUUUGAUGUGAUGGUGUUUGACUACAUGUUUAAUUUAAGUUUGAAAGACAACAAUAUGGCUUGGGCUAAAUGAUUAAAAAGUAUCAAAUUAUAACUUCACUUAAAUACAAUGCAUGUUUGCAAAUUCAAAGUUUGGCUACUUUGACCACAUUUGUGUUAUUCCAAAAAAUUUUUGAGAUGAGAAACUAAUAUUCAGAAUAGCUUCACAUGACACCCUAAACACAUAUUUUGACAUGACUGGCCACAUGCGACACUCUGAACACACAUUUUGACAUGACUGGCCACAUGCGACACUCUGAACACACAUUUUGACAUGACGGGGCCACACACGCGACGCACCGAACGCGCAUUUUGACAUGACUGGCCACAGGCGACACUCUGAACACACAUUUUGACAUGACGGGGCCACACACGCGACGCACCGAACACGCAUUUUGACAUGACGGGCCACAUGCGACACUCUGAACACACAUUUUGACAUGACGGGGCCACACACGUGACGCACCGAACACGCAUUUUGACAUGACGGGCCACAUGCGACACUCUGAACACACAUUUUGACAUGACGGGGCCACACGCGCGACGCACCGAACGCGCAUUUUGACAUGACUGGCCACAUGCGACACUCUGAACACACAUUUUGACAUGACGGGGCCACACACGCGACGCACCGAACGCGCAUUUUGACAUGACUGGCCACAGGCGACACUCUGAACACACAUUUUGACAUGACGGGGCCACACACGCGACGCACCGAACACGCAUUUUGACAUGACGGGCCACAUGCGACACUCUGAACACACAUUUUGACAUGACGGGGCCACACACGUGACGCACCGAACACGCAUUUUGACAUGACUGGUCACAUGCGACACUCUGAACACACAUUUUGACAUGAUGGGGCCACACACGCGACGCACCGAACACGCAUUUUGACAUGACGGGCCACAUGCGACACUCUGAACACACAUUUUGACAUGACGGGGCCACACACGCGUGGCACCGAACACGCAUUUUGACAUGACUGGCCACAUGCGAC